AAAGCCAUGGCUCGCACCAAGCAGACCGCUCGCAAGUCCACUGGCGGCAAGGCGCCCCGCAAGCAGCUGGCCACCAAGGCCGCUCGCAAGAGCGCGCCGGCCACCGGCGGCGUGAAGAAGCCCCACCGCUACCGGCCUGGCACCGUGGCGCUGCGCGAGAUCCGCCGCUACCAGAAGUCGACGGAGCUGCUGAUCCGCAAACUGCCGUUCCAGCGGCUGGUGCGUGAGAUCGCGCAGGACUUCAAGACCGACUUGCGCUUCCAGAGCUCGGCGGUGAUGGCCCUGCAGGAGGCGAGCGAGGCCUACCUGGUGGGUCUGUUUGAGGACACCAACCUGUGCGCCAUCCACGCCAAGCGGGUGACCAUCAUGCCCAAGGACAUCCAGCUGGCCCGCCGUAUCCGUGGAGAGAGGGCCUGAACCCUCAGGAUUCCCCACCCGUGUAUUCCCUAAGGCUCUUUUCAGAGCC